GUGACGGUGCGGGAGCUGGGCGGCUGCAUGGGCCCCAUCUGGCCCAGCUACUACAGCGAGUGCAGCGCGCUCCUGUUCGUGGUGGACGCCGCCAACCCCACUCAGGUCUCCUCGUCCUGUGUCCAGCUCCUCUCCGUCCUCUCCGCAGCGCCACUCGCCUCUGUGCCCGUCCUCGUCCUCUUCAAUAAGAUUGACCUGCCCUGCUACAUGUCUCUGUCGGAGAUGAAGUCACUGUUCCGCAUGCAGGACGUUGUCUCCUGUGCCACGCAGCCCAUCACCAUGCUGGAGACCAGCGCCCGCGAUGGCACCGGCCUGGCCAGCGUCCUGCAGUGGCUCCAGGCCACCCUGGGAGACCCUCGCUGA